UUUUGCAUAUGUGUACAAAUAUAUGUUUGUAGUGUUUACAGGUCGUUGAUUAUAGUAGUUACAGAUGGAUGAGUGCAUAAACAUUCAGUGUUUCUUGAAAUCAUACUAAACCAUUGAUCAACCGUGGCAUUUAAGAGGAAAUUGUAUGAUUGGCAAGCCGCUCAUAAGAUUUUUUUCACAACUGUUUUGGCGCCGUUCAAGAAUGGACAGCUGGUGGUAUUUCGUGAUUGGUGCAGGAUUAGUUAUCAUGAUGACAUUCAGUUGCUGCGUCUGGUGCCACUGCCACGAGAGACAAAACGAGAUUCUCGUCCGUCGUCGUUCUUGCGUAAUGGUCUACCCAGAAACCUCUUGGGACACAGAUCGUAUCGUAGAUCAUGACUUUCUGGAUGGGGUGGAUAAUCCAGAAGGGUCGCCGUAUGAUAGAUCAUAUCCGGUCGGGACGGGGAAUCCGCCGGGACCGCUGCAUGACGAGUCCUAUCCCUACGGAAGGGAUAUUCCGGGUGGGUCACUUUACGACCCACAGCGGACACUUCAAAAUCACGCUACCGCGAUUUCAGAACGUGUCCAACAGCACCACGACGGGAGGGAAGACAUCUUUGACGGCGCAUGUUCUCACCCACCGUAUUACCCACCAGAAAAGCUUGAAGGCGCGACGUGCUCGCAGUAUUACCAACCGACCGAAAGUCAGCGGGGAUUGCGUCAAAGUCGUCGGGGUUCCCCAAGAUCGAACUUUCACCGACGUGGAUCAAGGGGUCAACGCAGGAAGCCGCAAGGUCAAUGUGACACUUCUGCCAAUUCAGGGUCGCAAAGUGACCGACCGCCACAGGGUCAGCAGGGACAACUUCCGGUUCCGGCGGGGCACUACGCGAUGACCAUAGAAGAGGACGUGCAACGCGAAAAGUACUAGCUCGGAAUUACACAAAGCGUGUUUGUUUUCCUUUCUUAAGAUUCAACCAUAUACUCUGUAAGUUUUCGACAUGGGGUACGCGAUGUUCUGUCCACUUGGUUAUGUAAUAUGUUGUACGAGCUCUUUCAUCGAAUUGCGAAAAGAUUCAUAUUAACGUUACUUUGUACGAACGCCAUAGACGAUACCACACGUUCGGUGAAUAAAAGGGAUGAUGCACAAUUGAUGUAAAACAACCUUUGUAUUUCAGAAAAUAAAUUAAUUCUAGACUUA